CGGCGGCGGCGCCCCGACGACCGCGAGCUAAGGGAACCAGCGGGGCGCGCGGGAGCCGCGUCCCGCCCUCUCCCGGGAGAGACCCCGGCGGGCCUUCGCCCAGGCGCCGGCCUCACUCGGCGGCGCCCACCCGCCCGGGGGUUGUCCCCGCCGCGCUCCCCGCCCAGGCCCCGGAGCGGGGGCCCGAACCGCGGCCCCGGCCUUCUCCGCCCUCCUUCGCCGUGACGAAUCGGCGCCCGACUGGGACGGGAUCCAGAGUGAGAGACUUCGGAGGAAACCGUGGAGCCCGGGGAGGGAGGAAAAAAAAAAAACAAAAUUUCCUUUGGCCGCACCAAGCCUCGCCGCGUCCCCGCCGGAAGGGCCGUUCGCGUGAGGGCAGCCGGCCGCGGCCCGCGGAGAAACCCCGGGCCGUGUGGAAAGUGCGAGCGCGGAAGCUCCGGCGCGAGGGGCGGGGCGAGCGCGGGACAAAGGGAAGCGAAGCCGGAGCUGCGGGCGCCUGCUCGGCCCGCGGUGUCUCAGAUUCAUUCUUAAGGAACUGAGAACUUAAUCUUCCAAAAUGUCAAAAAGACCAUCUUAUGCCCCACCUCCCACCCCAGCUCCUGCAACACAAAUGCCCAGCACACCAGGGUUUGUGGGAUACAAUCCAUACAGUCAUCUCGCCUACAACAACUACAGGCUGGGAGGGAACCCGGGCACCAACAGCCGGGUCACGGCAUCCUCUGGCAUUACGAUUCCAAAGCCUCCAAAGCCACCAGAUAAGCCGCUGAUGCCCUACAUGAGGUACAGCAGAAAGGUCUGGGACCAAGUAAAGGCUUCCAACCCUGACCUAAAGUUGUGGGAGAUUGGCAAGAUUAUUGGUGGCAUGUGGCGAGACCUCACUGAUGAAGAAAAACAAGAAUAUUUAAACGAAUACGAAGCAGAAAAGAUAGAGUACAAUGAAUCUAUGAAGGCCUAUCAUAAUUCCCCUGCAUACCUUGCAUAUAUUAAUGCAAAAAGUCGUGCAGAAGCAGCAUUAGAGGAAGAAAGUCGACAGAGGCAGUCUCGCAUGGAGAAAGGAGAGCCUUACAUGAGCAUUCAGCCUGCUGAGGAUCCAGAUGAUUAUGAUGAUGGCUUUUCAAUGAAGCAUACAGCUACUGCCCGUUUCCAGAGAAACCACCGCCUCAUCAGCGAGAUCCUCAGCGAGAGUGUGGUACCUGAUGUGCGGUCAGUCGUCACAACAGCUAGAAUGCAGGUCCUCAAGCGACAGGUCCAGUCUUUAAUGGUUCAUCAGCGGAAACUGGAAGCUGAGCUUCUUCAGAUAGAGGAGCGACACCAAGAGAAGAAGAGGAAAUUCCUGGAAAGCACAGACUCCUUUAACAAUGAACUUAAAAGGUUAUGUGGUCUGAAGGUAGAAGUAGACAUGGAGAAAAUUGCAGCUGAAAUUGCACAGGCGGAGGAACAGGCCCGAAAAAGGCAGGAGGAGAGAGAGAAGGAGGCAGCAGAGCAAGCGGAGCGCAGUCAGAGCAACAUCGCCCCUGAGGAAGAGCAAGUGGUGAGCAAAGCUGAGGAGAAGAAAGAUGAGGAGAACAUCCCGAUGGAGACAGAGGAGACACACCUUGAAGAAACAACAGAGAGCCAACAGAAUGGUGAAGAAGGCACGUCUACUCCUGAGGACAAGGAGAGUGGGCAGGAAGGGGUUGACAGCAUGGAGGUAGAAGGGACCAGUGAUAGUAAUACUGGCUCAGAGAGCAACAGUGCGACAGUAGAGGAGCCACCCACAGACCCCAUGCCAGAAGACGAGAAGAAGGAAUAAAUGUUGCCUUGUUUUAUGUGUCCUAAAACUUUUUUAAAUGAAAAAAAAAAAAGUUUUUUGGUUUUAA